AUGCCUGCCAAGAACGAAUUCCUCUGCAUCCUCCCGGACAAGCCGGGCAUGAUGGCCAAGCGACUGGAAGUCCGCCCUCAACACUUGGAAGGAAUCAAGCCCCUCGUCGAAGCCGGCUCUGUGGUUGCGGGAGGUACAUCUCACUUGCCACACUCCCUAUUUUCUUCCGCUUCUCCGUUACUGACUUCUUCCCCACCAAGGCGCAAUGCUCGACAAGCACCCCGCAGAAGGCGAAUCCAUGUCCUUCCAAGGAAGCAUGAUGAUGGUAUUGGCGGAGACAAAGGAGGAAGCCGAGGCACUUAUCAAGAACGACAUCUACACGAAGAGUGGAGUGUGGGACUUGGACAAGGCGCAGAUUAUUCCGGUUUGUGUUCAUUCCCUGCUUCUGCCUCUCUCCCCUUUUGGCAGGGCCAUCGUCAUGCGUACCUUUUUACUAACAUGUGGGCGGUUAUAGUUCAAGUCUGCCGUUCGGGUGGCAUUGUAGAUCAUCUUUUCCGUUCCUGUCACAUAUCACAUUUCAUGGUAUAUAUGAAUGACUCGGUUUAUUGCAUAGCGAAAGUGAUAGUGCCUUUGGUUAUCGAUACUAUUGGAUGCAAGGUAGGACAGCGCAACAAUAGUACGAGCCUGCGGUGGCAGCACGCAUUUGCACUAUGA